CCCACUCCUUACAGCCACAGCUUUCGAAGGAGCAGACUUCGUCACGUCUUACAAGACCUCUAAAUUAGAUUUUAAUGCUCUAUCGUCGGUAUAUCUGCUAAUUACCGUGUCGUUUUCUGAAGUUUGUCCACUUUUAUAACUGUAAAACUUUAAACUAUGUGGUUCGGGACUUUUUUAUUUUUCCUGGCCCUACUUUUCCGGUCUACACAAUGCGAGGAGCCUACCUACAAGAAGGUGGGGAGUGAAAUUGUCCUGGAGCCAGAUCGCACAACCAGUUCUGUCAAAACCAUCUUGUGGAAGCAAGGAAACAACUUAGCCAUGGAAUAUUACGGAACCCCCGACUCCUUGUCGUCCUACCGUCAGUUUGAAGUGCGUGGAAAGCUGGACACAACUAACGGAGCAAUGACAAUUAAAGAACUGACCCGUGAUGACAGUGGACUCUACACAGUAGAGAUCAACAACCUGGUUAACAAGAUGAUCAAUCUUAAGGUCAUUGAUCCUGUCCCUAAACCUAAUAUCGCUACAUCAUGUCAUGGUGACGACUGUGAUCUCACCUGUGAGGGCGACACAGUGAGAGCUCAACCAGUGACCUACGUCUGGUACAUUGAUAAGAAACUGUCACAGAUAAAAGACAAGAAAUACACAAUAACAAAGGACGAAAAUGUCGUGCUCAUCCAGUGUGAGCUGGAAAACCCUGUCAGCCACCAGCAAAGUGACAUCCUCCACAACCCCCUCAAGUCUACUGUAGAUCCUGUCACAGCAAGUUCUGCAGGGGCGAUCAUAGGAGCAGUAGUUGGGAUAUUGGUACUAGCACUAUGUGCGGGGCUUGUUUUGGGCUUUUUACACAAAAGAGGUAUCUUUAGAAUCUGUCCAGCCCAAGCCACAGGACCAGUAAUCAACUACGAGGUAGCACGACAAAACGAUGAUGACACCGCCAACAGACCUGUGGCAGCACCAAAAAGCGAUGGUGAUGCUGCCAACGGACCAGAGUCUGUAAAAGUCGAACCAGGCCCCUCAGCUGAUCCCACCCAAAGACCAAAUGGAACUGAGCCUCUACUACUGCACAUUCAGCCCCUCGAGGCCAAUGUGGCGGCGCCAAAAAGUGAUGAUGAUUACGAAAACAUACCAGUGACGGCGCCAAAAAGUGAUGAUGAUUACGAAAACGUACCAGCGUCUGUAAACGUCGAACCAGGCCCCUCAGCCGAUCCCACCCAAAGACCAAAUGGAACUGAGGUCAUAGUACCUGCAGAUGUCCACCCAAACACUGAUAAAGAUACUGGACCAGCCCAUGAGGACCUGACAGCCAACAGCCAUGACAGUGGGGAGGCACCGACAAGUUCAGACAACCAAGGGAAUGCUGACUCCUCGGAACCCACCAACAAACCUGACGACGAUGGCGAAUUGGCGCCCGACAAGAAGCUGCAAGAGGAUGAACGCGAAGACAACGAAGGCUGAAGCAGCAAGCGACGCAUUAAGGAUCUUAUUACACCAAAGGGUCAGGUUUCACAUGCAAAACGUAUCGGCCGCUGUAAAUGGUGUGUGAUACCAGCAAAUCAGCCACUCACUUCUAUUUAUAGUCUUUUGCUGGAUGUCUGUUUGUGAAAAGCAGCACUGAAUGUUAAUGUGUUACGAGUGUAAGAGUUACUAACAACUAUGUCUUAAUGAGAAAAUAUAAUGCACUAAGGGCAAAGGAAGAAAAACCCACAAGUGCCUCCAGGGUUGUUUAGUUUUUAAUAAUUAGAAUAGAACAGAAAAGCUUUUAUUGUUGUGUGUGCUUAAAUUAUCAUGAGAUUCUUGAACAGCUGCUGUCAAAGAAAACAAAACAAAAAAAACAGCUACUGUAAUAAGGCAUCAUGUGGACAUUCCGACAGUGAUUGGUUCAGAAAAAGAAUGACCGAGUUAAUGUCGGGGGGGGGGGCGGGGGCUGAAUAACAACUCGACUGAGCUCCAGGUAGAGUGUUCACGUUUACAGCUACACGCAUGAGUCUACUGGAAGAGGUUAUUUAUUGAUCAUGCCAAACAGUGUGGAUUGAACAUAUGAAUUAUAGUGCCUGAGAUAGCCAGCAAUGAAAUGUGAAGGCAUGAGAUGAACUCUUUAAUCCAUGUUGCUCAGAGAUGUUUGUACAGAAACACCUUCAGCUGGGAGGGAGAAUGCUGGGAUAUGGAGAGGUUUUAGAGAAAAAAAGGAAUAUUUAUAUUUUUAUAUGCACAGCCUAGUAGUUCCGAAGUAAUCAGAUCAGUUUUCCAAUUGACAGAUUAGAUCACCUCUUUAAAAACACAUCAUUGCAUUGGACAUAAUUAAGUAAAUAAUUAUUAUUAUUAUUUCAAGUGUUUUGCAUCUUCAUCAUGUUUCUUUAGCUGCAAAACUUGCAUUAUCACACAGUUUUUGCACAAUUGGGUGUAUAUUUGGUGGGCUUCCUCAACGUUGCAGUAUGGAUUUUAUGUAAAAGGAGAAAUGAGUUCAAACAGCUAACAGUAUCCAACAAAAUUCCUAUUCAAGUUCUCUUUUUUUUUUUUAGCUUUUUUGAUAUGAAACAUGUUAGGAAUAUCCAGAGUGUGUUUGUGAAAAUUGUAUAAUUUGUAUAUAUAUGAAUAUUUGUUGAAUCUCAGA